GCGUCACUUCCGGAGUUGCCGUCCUGAUCGAAGUGUGCGGAAUGGCGCUGGUGAUGGAGCCGAUCCGGCUGGACAGAGAUGUGUCUCGAGCUAUUGAAUUACUGGAGAAGUUGCAAAGGAGUGGAGAGGUGCCACCCCAGAAACUGCAGGCUUUGCAGAGAGUGCUUCAGAGUGAAUUCUGCAUUGCUGUACGGGAGGUUUAUGAGCAUGUUUAUGAGACUGUGGAUAUUAACAGUAGUCCAGAAGUGAGAGCCAAUGCCACUGCAAAGGCAACAGUGGCAGCAUUUGCUGCCAGUGAAGGUCACUCACAUCCAAGAGUUGUGGAACUGCCUAAAACUGAUGAAGGACUAGGAUUCAAUAUCAUGGGAGGAAAAGAGCAAAACUCUCCCAUAUACAUAUCACGCAUCAUUCCUGCUGGCAUUGCUGAUCGACAUGGAGGUCUGAAACGUGGAGAUCAACUCUUAUCAGUAAAUGGAGUGAGUGUUGAAGGGGAACACCAUGAAAAAGCAGUUGAACUCCUGAAAGCUGCCCAUGGAACUGUUAAAUUGGUUGUUAGAUACACACCAAAGGUCCUGGAAGAAAUGGAAUCGAGAUUUGAAAAAAUGAGAUCAGCCAAACGCAGGCAGCAAAUCAACUAUUAAUUGUUUCAAUACUUUGCUGUUACUUUACACAACUAUUCCUAAAUGUGUUAUACUACUAGUCAUGAGAUGAUCAGGCAGCAUUUAUCCACGCUGACAGUGCAUCACUAACUUUUUUGCUUAUUGAAAAUCCAGUGUUAGAUUUACAAUGAAGAUAAGUUUAAUUGUGUCAACUACUCAUUUUUCAAUGAACACAUUGAGCUCCUUCACCUUUUUCGUAAUUUGCAUGUACUGUCUUGAUGCAAAGAUUGCUGUUGGUGGAGGAAUGAAUCAAUUCAUAACAUGUUCUGGUGUAAUUGGGCAAACUUUGAACCAGGGCUCAACUACAACAGCAAUUGUUGGAGACUUUAAAAAGCGCAUAUGUAUUCUACUGAUCUUCCAAAGUGCGGUACAGGUGUUGAAGGAAGGUGGAUGUUACGCAGGCUAUGAUUUGCCACUUAACUUCUCCUUAUCUGGAGCCUGACCACUAAUUUUAAGACCUAUAGAAAUAGGGAGUUGCUGAAUUUAUCCAUAUCCAGAUGGUAAAUGCAUAGUAUGGCCAGUAGAAGAUGGUAACUUGGGAUAAUUUGGGAAGAGUUACACGAGCUGUUCCAGUAUUAUUUUAAUUCUCCAAUGAGUUCACCACCAGCCAAUUAAACUGCCAACAAAAUGGCGAGGAAAAUAUAAAAGGAUACUGGGUGUCUAUUUUUUUGUUUUUGAAUCAUUUGAUAUUGAAAUCACUAAUGAUGAGGUUUACUUUUCAUAACUUAAGAAUUGUUCGUUUUAUGCUGAACUUUUUUCAGACGAAGAACAGAAAAUGUUUGGAAAAAAAAUUCUAUAAGGGGCUCAACCUGAAACAUUAACUUUUGCUCUCUCCACAAAUGCUGCCUGAUCUGGAAUAUUUCCAGCAUUUUCUGUUUUCAGAUUUCUGGCAUCUACAGUCUUUUGUAUUUUUUUCCAUAUGACUAAAGAGCUCUGCUGUAGAUCUUAGAAGAGAUCACAUUCCUUUUAGUAACUCAAUUGCUGUUAUUCUAUUCCAGUGAAUUUUACAAUGGUAAUAAAUCAGUUACAGUCUAGAUUAAACAUAUCGGUGUCACUUAUUGCUAAUUAUACAGCAUUUGACAUUUCAGCCACAUUUAUCAAGUGAAAGAAAGUCAAUCUACCUAAUUUGACUUUGGGUCUGACUUGCAUGCCUUUCAGAGAAUUCCAAAUUCUCAAAGCAACUGUCUGCCUAUCUUUUCCACUUUGACCAUUCCAGACCACAAUAGUGCAGAGAGUCUGUGGUCUAACACAAGAAAAAAUUCUAAAUCGGUUUUAACUGACCCAGGUUCACUUUACUUCUGAAUCCACUAAUUUUUAUCGCUGCAGAAAGACACUAUUAAAUUUUCUUUGACUAGAGAUGAAUACACAGACUUCCGUUAAUGGACUUCUUACUUCAGGUUUUCUAUCACUUCGACUACUAGUUUUUACAGAACAAAUUUUGUAUUUGGUCAUUUUAAUUUUUGUACCAAAUUUUAUUCUGAAACAAAGGCAAUUUAGUAGCCCUACAGAUAAAUGCAAAAAAAUAGUUACUUCAAUCACGAAUCAUGCACUAAAGACAAAAAAAAAAAUUUCAAUCUACUAUAAAUGCCCCAUGGUGCUAGGAACAUCAGCUUGCGGAUUGUUUGAAUGAGUAGAUUUUUAAAAUAAGCCUUUUGGUAGCAUUGCUCCUACUGUCUUGUUCUGAGUUGCCUAGUACUACACUAAUUACCAACACUUGUGUUUUUCCACACAAAAUGGAAGUAUAGAAACAUUUAACUGUAUAACUGGACUACUUCAGUUUGUGUAUUACAAAACUAGUGUGUUUUUAAACUUUACUUUUAAAAUUCUGUUUGUUUGAAAUGCAUGCUUUCUUGUCCGUGGCGGUGUCAUCUAAUGCUGUACCCUGUAAUAUGUCAUUUUUAUACUUGGAUUUAAAUAUCAACAUCAAUGUCCAGUAUCUUUUGUUCAAAUGUACCUCUGGAUUGCUUGGUGAAUUGUUCUUGUGUCUUAGCAGUGAAGUUCAUUAAAUUUGGGAGUCUAUAUAUUAAAUUAUUUGAUAAGUAUAUAUUUCAUAAUCAUUGUCAACCUUCUUGAAUUUUGUGGUUGUUCUUUUUAAACUAAAUGUUUUUCCUUGCCUCCUAUUGAAAAGAAACACUUUUGUUAAAAGCCAAAAUAGUGGGUUUUGAAAGUCUUUAAUCAGUUUAUUGUGCAAUAUUUGUAUUAAACAAGGUCUAAUAAUGUCAUAUUGGUAAAAUGUUAACUUGGUUACAGAACAUUGCAUUCUCAAUCUUCAAUAUUUUCUUGGUUCCAAUUUAGUAUAAAGACUUUGUUCUCUCCAUGCACUGAUGUUGUGCCUUGAUUUUAUUUGCAUUUGUUUGAUCAUUUUGAGGAUGGUUUCAAAAUCUCUGACACCAAAUGUAAAGAGUGAAUCAUGGCACAAAUGAGUUUGUAUUACAAUUUGAUUAGGGUACCUGGUGUUUUGAAAUCUGACCAAAUUCAUGCAAUCUGACAUUUAUUACAUUAUCCAACUAGCAGGGAAAAGAUACUGCAGCAUUUAAUGUUAAACUGCCCUACAUUUGAGCAGGGAAAAUGAAUUGCUUUUAGGGAAUUACUUUAAACCAAACCAAGUGUGAACAAUACCUAAUUUUUCUUCUUUAUGUAUAUAUUAGAACUUCCUCAAAGGUAAAGUCAUCUUGUAUUGAGGGGUCUGAUUUGUAACCAAUUUAAAAUUUAGUGUAUGUAUUUAUCUUUUAAUCUGAUCUUUAUCUACCUUUACUUGUGAAUGUUGCAAUUUGUAUUCAAAAUAAAAUUGUAGAGGCAGUAA